AAAGAUGUUCGAGCAGGUCAGUUCCGCAUCUACAAUCCCACCAACGACGGAGUUCUUUUCUCACGAACAAUUCAAGAACUCGAGACUGGGUAUGUCUCAGAUGCCAUUGAAACCUUCAAUGACCAAUGGUUCACCUUUGAAGUGGAAACAUUAGAACUCAUCAACAUUGAAUUUGACCUCAAGAAUACUGUCACGGAAUGUGUCCGAUUCGUGAGUAUUUACUCACAAGAAGCGACAAAUCGCACUUCGGAACCACCAACACCCUUGAUCAAAAUUCUGGAGACUACAGAACAACAGUACACCUUUGAUUCUGAAGUUGGGCUCGAACUUGGCAUUUCGAUCAAGUUCAGUUCUGAGUCUCUGUCGUCGCAAAGGCUGAGGUGGAGAUCAGUGCGAAGAUCCAUACAAACAUGCUGUGGGGCAUUACGAACAGUCAUGCUCAGACCUGGAAAACCUCUGUUCCCUUGAACGUCCCCGGGCACAAGACUUAUAAGGUCACUGUGACUGUGACCAAAUACACCAUCAGAGUGCCCUUCAAAGCGAAAUAGAAAUCUCCGGAAAACAAGAAGACGGUCAUUAUCCAGGGGGUUUCAAGGUUAUCAACAGUUCGCAAUUGAAGACCAACUUCUACGAAGUCGAUAAAUCAAAGUCUCCUUGAAAUGGUAGGUACUACCUAUGGGCUUAGAAG